AUGUCCCAGUCCCUUACAUCAGACUCUCAAGUUCAAGAUACAGCCCACCCAGGUGUACACGAAAGCGGACAUGAACUUUUAGCUACGGAAUUACUACCUCGAACCAACGCUACAUUGACAAUCCGAGUGAUCAAGUCAUUCGAAUUUCGUACGCAGAAGAGUUUGGUAUUGAAGGGUCUGAAUUUGGAGUUGGAGACUGUGGGAAAUCUGAAGACUAGAUGUGAAAAUGCCAUCGCUACAACAUCGGGCUUCAAACCAUAUCGGAAUGUUAAAUUCGACACACUCAAACUGUACACCCAAGCACAUGGGCACAAAAAGACUACGAACCUUAUUAUAAAUCUAGAUCAUGAUGAUUGGAUCCUGGAUGAUCCCGAAGCGACAUUGGCAUCCAUAGGAGCAGAGAACGAGACGGAAUUAUCUUUCUUCAAUCGAGAAGCGUAUGAAAAGUUCAAAUUACAUCCAGAGGUGAAUGAGAUAUCUAAUGGCAGGCAUGGCACCAAUGGCUAA